AAAUGUUUUCUAGUCGUCUUAGAGGAUAUUUGAUUGAUUGAUGGAUUGAUUGAUUUGAAGACUGAUUGCUAGAAAAUGUCUGCGUAUGAUGAUGAUGAUCAAUAUUAUGAUUAUUCCAAUUACUCAAACUCCACCAACUCAACAUACUUCUCAGAACCUCUUUACGACCCUCCGAUCGGAAUAACUAUCCUACUAUCCCUGUUCUAUGGCCUAAUUUCUCUUGUGUCUGUCUCUGGCAACUCGACUGUCAUCUUUAUAGUUGUUACCAGUAGGAGAAUGCAGUCGGUGACAAACUUUUUCAUAGCAAACCUUGCCUUGGCUGAUGUAAUCAUAGGGCUCUUCUCUAUACCCUUCAGAUUUCAGGCUGCUCUGCUUCAACGCUGGAAUCUUCCCGACUUCAUGUGUCCUUUCUGCCCGUUCUUUGAGAGUGUUAGUGUUAAUGCGAGUAUAUUCACGCUUACAGCCAUAGCAGUCGAUAGAUACAGAGCCAUUAUCUACCCAUUGAAGAGCCAUGCCAGCAAAUUCAAGACAAAAGGAAUAAUUCUGGGUAUCUGGGUAGUCAGCACUAUCUUAGCCAUACCUAUGGCAGUUGGGUACAGAGUAGAGUACAUGCGUGAUAACCUUGUACAAUGCUUGCCAUUCAACAUCAACAACACAGUGUUUAUCUGGUACAUGAACCUACUCUGUCUAGUACAGUACUUCAUUCCUGUUGUACUUAUCAGCUUCGCGUACAUCAGAAUGGCUGUAGUUCUGUGGGGUAGUAGGACUCCUGGUACAGCACAGAUCGAAAGAGACAGAGCCGUCACAAAUAACAAGAAAAAGGUGAUCAAGAUGUUGAUGGUUGUGGUGUUGAUGUUCUCCUUGGCUUGGUUACCUCUACACAUAUACAACGUUCUCAUGACAGUGUUCCCUAACAUCAACUAUUAUCCUUACAUCAACAUUAUCUGGUUCUGUUCCCACUGGCUGGCGAUGUCCAACUCUUGCUACAACCCGUUCAUCUACUUCCUCUGCAAC